GUUGGUGUCACCUCACAUGACCCGGUUUAAUGUAGCCUGUAGAUACCUUCCAGAUACCCCCAUAGACUGGCGACUCUGACCUCCGAGUGAACCAUAGCAGCUUCCAGGCAGCUUCAGACGUGAAGGGGUAGGGGACAGGGCAGGAGAUAUUAGGUAGAAUUCUAAUAAGAACAGGACUAUGAGAGAUAUCCGACAUGCUGGACACUGGAGCAGUUAGCGGAAGAUGGCAGCACUGAGGAUGUAAGCUACAUUUUAAAAAUCACAGAAGAAAAAGAAGACCGUCCGGGGCAGAGCACGAGCACAGGCGUAGACGCCACAUAACAUAUCAACACCAUCGAGUAGACUCAUCACACACACCAUCAUUUUUGGCUAUCCGAAACCAGUUUUUUUUAAUAUAUUAAUAACAAACAGCAAAUUCGAAUCUUUAAUAUUGGAUUUGCUGAACAACAGAAGCAUUACGCCGGCAAAAUAUGCAAAAGAUGCCCGGUCAACUUGACAGCUUGAAGCCCAGAAAGAGGAAGAGCAGCUCCAGAAAGGCUUCUACUACAAGGAGGAAAUGUAUAAAAAGUCCAAACAUGCAGCCGGCAGCAGCAGCAGGGAGCAGCUCAGCGGUCGAUGGGUACAGCAAAGCAGACGGCGCUGUGGAGAGACUCUCUGCCAUCAGCUGUGAGUGCCAGCAGUCCGGCAGGAGGAGAUGCUCUGCUUCCCCGGAGCUGGAGGGACAGGAGGGCAAAGAAAACGAAGUGAGGACGGGGCAGGAAGUGGACAGCUGCACAGUGACCUGCGUCUGGGACAAACACGAGACCGAGGACAUGGAUUGUGAGGAAAGCAGCAAAAACAUUUUCCCAGAUGACGACAGUAAUCAGAUUCUGCCCGUGGAGCAGUUCUUUGGAAAUCUGGAUGCUGUACAGGAUUUCCCUCAGAGACCGUCAGCGUCCUCGGCCCGUGGUCAACAUGACAACGCAGGGAGACGGAGACGCCAUUACUACGCACCCGAGAACAGCGAUGAAGAGGAGGCAGGCGUGAUCAGUGCACCGCGAGGGGACAGAGGGGACACUUAACGAAGAGUAACGGAACUGAUGUCUCAAAGUGAGGCCUGAGGGACUCAAAAGGCUCGGCACUUACUCAAAAGCAGCUCUUUCAAUCAGUGAAACGCUGUCUCACAGGAGGCAGGAAUUUGCUGUAGCUCGAUCUGCUGUUAGCCUACCAUUGCUUACGAAUUGUCCUUAUAUGUAAAUUUGCUUUUAAGUUACUUCCCGUACCCGCCAUGCGUUGAAGAGAUUCUUCACAACAUAAAAACUUGAGCACUUCGCCAACAGCUUAAAAGAGAGUUCUUGGUCAUUUACAAUUGUUGACUUGACAAACCGUCCAAAUGCACAAAAAUGCUAAAUUGUUUUCAAACUUGUUCCCAAAUAUCUUGUCAGUUCAUUUAUUACUGUUUGGGCCGGCCCAGCACUUUAUUUACACAUAUUAUUACAUACUGCUUCAUAUUGUCAGUGAGAUUAGCCGUGAGAGAUGCCAAAUAGUACUUCAUUUAAAGGUCAAAGUGUAUAUUUGUAGGAAAAGUUGUGCAAAUCUACACGUUUUGGAAGAAUACAUGCGCCAAAGAGCUGUUUCACAGCGAAAGCUUUUAAUAUCACAGAGUCAUGGUUUAGAAUGAAUGUCAUUGUUCACCAAGUGUCUAAAGUCAUCAUCUAUGUGUGCCCAGUUUGGGCUUUUUGGCAGCUGCUUCAUACAACACAUCUGUAAAAUAACAAAUAUCAAUGCAGCUAAAUAUUUUCCCUGAGGAGGAUCACAUUUGCAAACAUGACAGAAUUCUACACAAAAAUGCAUUGUAAAAAAACAGAGUUUUAUCAGAAAUGUUUUUAGUCCGUUUAAACAGAGGAUACGUUAAACCUGACUUUAAAAAUGUAAUCUAGUUUUUGAGGGUGCCAGUACUUGCACUCCUCACUAUUAUGCCACUUACUGCCUGAGUGAUAAUCCAUGCAUUUUACAUCACAGUGCCAACACAGAGAACAUAAUAAAUGUUUUUCAUGAUUUCAAAA